CAUCUCAUAAAACUAAUAUUUUGACUCUUCUUGUUCAUGAACAAUCUUCUCUCUCGCCAGAUAUAAGGGUUUUUGGAUCAGAAAGAAUCGUGUUCGUUCCGAGAUCUACUAUUAGCUUUCUGGGAAAUUUGGAUUCUUCACAGCUUCACUCUGAAAUCUCUCUUUUUCAGAAGUUUUAGUAGUUCGAACUCAAAUUUCCAUGGCAAAUGCCUGGAAAAGAGACAAAUCACCGAAGAUUCUAUCGCCGAUUUCCCUGUUCUUGCUGUUUUCUUUCUCAAUCCUCAUCAUUUUCUUCUUCCUCUUCGGUAACUCUAGCCCUUCAGAGCACUCCAACCCUAGUUUCACAAUCAAACCACAUUUUCCAUUCCGAACAAUCUCCCCCUUCGAUUGCUUCAAAUGUCCUCAAUCGUACCCGGUGAUCGCCAACGUCGUGGAAGGAGUUCGAUACCCGUUUCUAUUUUCGAUCGCAGAUUUGGGGAAUUUACCCGAUAAGCCCCACAAGAACAUCGUCAGAAUGCUGAAGGGAAAGCCCUUCCGGAAGCCAGACAUUUCAGUGACGAUUCAGGAGGUUUUGGAGAAGAUGAAGGGCGAGUCCAGAGCUGGGUUUGUAGUUGAUGUGGGUGCCAAUGUGGGAAUGGCGAGCUUCGCCGCUGCCGCGAUGGGAUUUCGUGUCUUGGCAUUCGAGCCGGUUUUUGAAAAUCUGCAGAGAAUCUGUGAUGGAAUCUACCUGAAUAGGGUUGGUGAAUUGGUGAAUGUGUUUGAGGCUGCUGCAUCUGAUAGGCUGGGGAACAUCACUGUCCAUAAGUUGGUUGGUCGGCUUGACAACAGUGCUGUUUCAGCAACUGGUGCAAAGUUAGCGUUCAAAUCUAAUGAAGAAAUAGCAGUUCAAGUGAAGUCAAUUCCGCUAGAUGAAGUAAUCCCAGAUUCGGAACGGGUGCUUUUGAUAAAAAUCGACGUUCAGGGAUGGGAAUAUCAUGUGCUGAAAGGAGCAAAGAAACUUCUAUCUAGGAAGGGCACUGAAGCUCCAUAUCUGAUCUAUGAGGAAGACGAAAGGCUGCUAAAAGCCAGUAAUAGUAGCAAAAGAGAGAUCAGAGAAUUCCUUCAUACUGUAGGUUACCAUCACUGCACUCAGCAUGGUACAGAUGCACACUGCACAAAAACUGGUUGAAAUUCUUUUCCAAAGCUUCCCCAGAGGACGAUGGACCUGCAAAUAAUUUCUCAAAGAAAAUUCGAGUCGCCUUUGCCUUCUCGUGGUAUGAUCAAACAUGGUUUCUCGUGUUUGUGAUAUGGUUUGGGGACUGCCUUGGAAAAGAGCCAUUCGCCUUAGUUGUUCAGGUAAAUCAUGUAGCAAACAUUUCGUAGAAUGUCGAGGGAGUUAUAUGCAGAAGAAGCUGCCUUUGGAACUUGCAUUUUGAAGCGUGGUCAGAUUGUAUGAAUCGAACCCGUCAAUCUUCCCAUCGAUUUUUCAUUUGCCAAUCAUGUGGGAUAUCUUUGAUUCCUGAGGUUUUGAUUGUACCAUUCUUUAGUUUGUUGCUGCUUGAUCUUGCAGAUGAUAACGUUUAUUUUCACACUAGAUUCAAAACUUAUCUUCACUAUUUGUAUUUGAUAGUCAGAAACCAUGUGAAAUGGAAACCUUUGGGCUGUAUUUUGUUGUGCAGAACAAUUCCAUUUUGUUGGUUCUAAUUUCUUAAUUCAAUAUCGUCAAUUACUUUGGCAAGAA